CCGGAGCUUCACUACUUGAGAUUACUCUCAUUCGCUUUCUUUUGCCUCUCGCAUUUUCUUCAUCCUUUUUGCCUCAGAGCUCCGUGGAGAGCAGCAAUCAGUAGCCAUGGCUGAGCAGACUGAGAAAGCUUUUCUUAAGCAACCCAAGGUCUUCCUUAGCUCGAAGAUAUCUGGGAAAGGAAAGAGACCUGGUAAAGGUGGAAACCGUUUCUGGAAGAACAUUGGUUUGGGUUUCAAGACUCCUCGUGAAGCCAUUGAUGGAGCUUACAUUGACAGUAAAUGUCCAUUCACUGGAACCGUUUCUAUCAGAGGACGUAUCUUAGCUGGUACUUGCCACAGUGCCAAGAUGCAGAGAACCAUCAUUGUUCGUAGGAAUUACCUUCACUUUGUGAAGAAGUAUCAACGAUAUGAGAAGAGACAUUCCAACAUCCCUGCCCAUGUCUCACCGUGUUUCCGUGUCAAGGAAGGUGACCAUGUCAUCAUUGGCCAAUGCAGGCCGUUGUCGAAGACGGUUAGGUUCAAUGUGCUGAAGGUGAUUCCAGCGGGUGCAUCUGCCUUUGGUAAAAAGGCCUUCACUGGAGUGUAAGAGUUUUGAAAGUCAUGGGAGAUUUUGGUUUGAUUUUGAUUUCGGAAUGUUUUAAUGUUUUGUUUAAAGAUCCCUUUUGUUGGAGACUUUGAUUAUCACAGACGAAAUACAAAUCUACGCACUUUCGUUGAACAACUCUACUAUAUUCAACUCUUGAAAUUUGCAAAUCUCUCAAAAUCACUUGGCUACACAGAAGUUUUUGUAGUUUAAGAAAAAAGAAGUGGACUUGUUUAUUUUUGUCAAAUGAAUUCUUCUAUCUGUUACUAUCAUGGUUAUUUGUGUUUUUUUGGGCAUACCCUACUAAACCAUAAGAACACAUUGCAUUCAAAA